UCAAGAUCUACUCGUCUUUCCACAUGAAAUAACUGGAAGAAAUUCCAAAUUUGCAGGUCGUACAUGCGCGAGUACUUGUAAAAAUGCUCACGCUGUCUUGAAAAUUGGCGCAAAAUGUGAUUUGGUCGCAGUCUGGAGCUCUGAUAUACAGUAAUUGUUUUUAAUGUUUUGGCAGAUGGCCAUCUAGCAAACUGAUAUAACCCCCGCCUCGCCCCCCACCCCUAUGUCAUCGUCCAUCGCGAUGUUUCACUGUAGGCAUCAUCCGAUGCAAAUUUGUUGGACAUCGCCCAACCCUAAUGGCCAGAGGUGUAAAGGAUUUAUGCAAAAUGAACUUUAUUACUACACUAAGGAAAUAUUUUGGGAUGGAGAAGCCACCAUUGCCCACUGAUGAGGAUGGGUGUGGAUUGGCUGCGGGUCGUUCAGACAUGGCUCUGGUGUCGGCUGAUGAGGGCGAGGCUAUGGGAACUGAAGAGCAGGGAGACAGGCCAGCGUGGGACAGUAAGAUACAGUAUGUGCUCGCCCAGGUGGGCUUCAGUGUGGGCUUGGGCAAUGUCUGGAGGUUCCCCUACCUUUGUCACCAAAAUGGAGGAGGUGCCUUUAUGGUAUUAUAUGUGAUGUUGUUGGUUAUUAUUGGGGUUCCUCUGUUCUUCAUGGAGUUAGCCGCUGGGCAGAGCAUCCGCCAGGGCAGCAUCGGGGUCUGGAAACACAUCUCACCCCGCCUUGCAGGCAUCGGCUACUCUAGCUGCAUGGUGUGUUUCUUUGUGGCCCUCUACUAUAAUGUGAUCAUUGCCUGGUCGUUGUUUUAUUUGGGGAAUUCAUUUCAAUAUCCAUUACCAUGGGAACAGUGCCCUGUCGAUCUGAUCACAAACCAGACAGUGAAGGAAUGUACAGCAAGCUCUCCUACUUCAUAUUUCUGGUUCAGAAAGGCUCUGGACAUCUCAGACUCAAUAGAUCAGUCGGGAGAAUUUAACGGCAUCAUGACCGGUUGUCUUCUUGCUGCCUGGGCUAUAGUGUGUCUCGCAAUGAUCAAAGGCAUCAAGUCUUCUGCCAGGGUGAUGUAUUUCUCCUCUGUGUUUCCAUACGCUGUUCUGAUCUGUUUCCUCAUCCGAGGGCUCAUGUUGGACGGGGCUAUAGAUGGCAUCAAAUACAUGUUUUAUCCAAAGCUGGAGAUUUGGGGGGAGGUGAAGGUGUGGCGUCAGGCGGCAACGCAAGUGUUCUUUGCUUUGGGUCUGGGUUAUGGCUCCGUGAUCGCAUAUUCAUCCUACAACCCCGUGCAUAACAACUGCCACCGUGAUGCCAUCAUGGUCUCUGGCAUCAACUUCAUGACGUCAGUGUUGGCCUCUCUUGUCGUCUUUGUGGUCCUCGGUUUCAGAGCCAAGAAUAUUGCAUUGAACUGUGUUGCAACUAAUUUGGCCUCACUGGCUGAAAUGGCAGAAACAGGUUCAUCACAGCAUUGGUGGCCAUGGUUUAACAUGUCUGAUCCCAAAUCAGUGAAUCUUCAGGAAUACAGAGAAUGGUACAGCCACUACGGAAGCAUGCUAGGGUCAAAUAUCACUGACUGUGACCUGGAAAGAGAAAUGAGCAAGGGUGUGGAGGGCACAGGAUUGGCCUUCAUAGCUUUUACAGAAGCGAUGGCUUUGUUUCCUGGAAGUCCGUUUUGGUCAGCGUUGUUCUUUCUCAUGCUGUUGAAUCUGGGCCUGUCUACCAUGUUUGGUACCAUGCAGGGGAUUCUCACCCCACUCAUGGACAACUUCAAAACGCUGGGGCGUCACAAGACCAUGUUGACAGGUACACCCAUAUUGUUCACUUACAGGCUGAUAUUAAUGGAUGGUGGGCUUUAACUGGUUAUUAGAUCAAUUUUUGCCCCCAAUACACUAGUCAUUAGAAAAGAUUCUAAAGGCUGAUACAGAUCCUAUUUUAUCACUUUUGUGGCUAUUAGAGCUCAUUUCAUUGUUGUUAAAGCAUGAAGUCAUUAACACUGGAGAAAAAUACAAACAUUUUCCUAUUGCUUGUUUUGUCAGUAAUUAAAGGGCAUAGUUUACCCCCAAAAUUAAAGGCCCCCAAAUGUAGCCCUUUCACAACAUAUAAUUUAAAUCUUAGGAGUCCACAGAAUGUGGAUAAAUACUCAAAAUACACCACAGAUCUUGUAUUAUCUUGUAUUAUACUGUGCCCUACAUGUCCAUUUUUGCCUGUGAGGAAAAACCAAGGGGUAAUCUUCCUGUCUCUCUCGUGAAACCAACAGAGAAGUGACUAAAACUGCAAUUCAUCGACUGGCCGCUAGAGGCUGGCUCCAAAACAGAGCAGAAUCUCAUUGAGCCCCAUGUUAAAAUGGCCAACUUUACAGCACAAAAAACAUGUUUACAGCCUGGUACAAAAAAUGAUUUUGGUCUACAUAGGUCAUUUUACCCUUCAUGACAACUGUGAGGAGGGUGAUUUUUUUUAUAACUCACCCGUUUAACUUAUAUUAAGCCUUAAAAUUCUGCAAAAUAGUUGCGUGGCCACUUGAGUGACAAGUGGUUUCAGCCAACCGGGCGCCUCAGCUCCAACCAUGUCCCUCUUUGCCCAUUUACGAUUAUCCGGGAGUGACGAGCGAUGAUGCGAUGCCAAGAUGGCGACGACCGGCUUUGCCUUCUUUAGGCUUCAUUUUUACUCUUCACAAACCUACGGGUGACGUCAUGGACACUACAUCCAUAUUUUGUGUCUAUGGGAAAAACAGGCUGUGUCUCUUUAAAUGCAAAUGAGCUGCUGGUCUCCGCCCCCUUUCCAGCAGAAAGCACAGGGCGGUGUGAGCCGGACGGUGCUUCCAACAACAAAACUGAAGAGAUGGUCAUUAAGCGAAUGAGAAACACUGUCUCAUCUUUAAAAGCCAAACACAUUGUUUUGUAUAAGUGAGAGUACAUAAGACAAUCGCGUUAUUUGUUUAAAAACUGAGGACGCCGUUUUCUGAGUGAACGCACUCCGCUUUAUGUCUUUACAACAUGCACAUUGUUUUUAUACGUGACAAUACACGGGAUAAACGCAUCAUAUCUAUAAAAACUGAAAACAUGCUCUCUUUGAGUGAAUGCACUUUGCGUUAUGUCUUUACAACGUGCAUAUUGUUUUUAUAUGUGACAAUACACAGGACAAACGCGUCAUAUGUUUAAAAACUGAAAACAUGACCCAUUAUGAAUCCAGCAUUUUACUAACAU